GAUAGAUUCUCUAGCACCAGGAUGUGAACAAUCGACUAAUUAGAAAACGCAUACAACCCAUCCAAUAAGUUUGAGAUUCUUAUUAACAACAAUUUGAAUUUGUUUAAAAAUAGUAUCGAUAAACGAUCUCCUACAUCACUAGUUGAUUUUAUAGACGCAAUGACGCCGGUAGUGGCGCGCGGCGGGCCGGGCUCGCUCCACGCGUGUCAGUCUGCCUGAACUCCGCAUACCAACCACACUAUCUCUCUUGAAAGAAAAACGAUCGAUAUACCAACACUAAUAAUUAUCACGUCUUUACACCUCUUUCCCGAUACUACCCGCGAGAAAAUCUGUAAUGAUAAAAAAUCUUUAUCAAGUGUUGCAAAUCAUCAUCGAUAAAGUCGCGUGGCACGACGGCAUCAACAAUGUAGCCAUAGUGAUUCGAUCGUGUUGACACUCUGACAGUAAUAUGGACGAAAAUGCCGAUUUUGCUAAAAAAAUAUGAUAAACGUUGAGUGUUGUUGUUGUUAAAUUGUUGUCGACAAUAAUUCUACUGGUUAUUCAAAGUUUUGUAUUAGUUGUCAUCAUGGGGAAUGGAAUGAACAAGGUCCUACAAGGGCUGUAUGUGGGCAACUACAGGGACUCUAAAGACCCGGUGCAGCUGGACAAGUACAAAAUCACUCACAUCCUGUCCAUACACGACGCGGCCCGACGGCUACAUUCUGAUAAACACUACUUAUGCAUAAUGGCGUCCGACUCCCCAGACCAGAAUUUGACCCAGUACUUCAGUCUCUGCAAUGACUUUAUACACGCCGCCAGACUACGGGAUGGGAACGUCCUUAUACAUUGCUUGGCCGGCAUGUCGCGCAGCGUGACUGUAGCAGUCGCGUACAUCAUGUCGGUGACACCCCUGACGUGGCGGGAGGCGUUGAAGGUGGUACGAGCGGGCCGCGCUGUCGCCAACCCUAACUUCGGCUUCCAAAGACAAUUGCAGGACUUUGAAGCCUAUAAACUUGUUGAGGAAAGAAGAAGAUUAAAGGAGCGGUACCCGUCCUUGGCUUUGGCGGACCGAGACCUGUCGGAAUGCAAGGUCAUGCUGGACUCGUAUCAGACCAUGCUCAGUGAGAGGACGAUAUGCGAGGGAAAAUGCACCAUGGGGAGGCAGUGCCCCACAGGCGUCUGCAGAACAGGGUCGAAGCGCCAACCACGGCCGCGCAAACCUUCUGUUCCUAACGCUGGCGUCGAACCCAAUGUCGGGGGAUUGAGAAGAUCUCCUUCCACUCUGUCCACCACCUCCACUGCGUCAGGGUACAGGCCUCGGUCCUCACCCGCGGGGCUGUACAGUUAUACAGGGGCUCCGUCGCGGCCGACCCGUUCAGCAUCAGGUCUGAGCAUGACCCGGGUGAUGGACCCGGUCGGCGGAGGCUCCGCCAUGGCGGUCGGCGGCACGGAGUUCUCCCGCCGCCGCGCCGCCUCCGCGCCCGCCACCCCCGCGCUCUCCCCCGCUUCCUCGCCGCCCGGCUCGCCACAUAGGGCUCAGCACAGGGGUGGCUGCUCCUGGAUUAUACCCUCAGUGACCUGGGACCCGGAUUCCGUGUAGUGUCAACCCUGAAGACAAUACCGCAGAAAUAAAUAACACUUGCAUUAUGGCUCAAGUUCCUAUAAUCACCCUCAUUUCAAGAUCACGCGCCGCUCAACGAUGUUCGUAGCAGGCGAGCUCUCGGCGUCCAUCCGCUAUCCGCCCAAUGUCGCCCGCGCACAAACUUGAACGUUGAAAGGUUAUAAAGGUUUAUAUGAACACACCUUUAUGUUCUGAUUGGGCAAGCUCUUUAUAAGAUGGAUGUAGAUGCCGUUGUGACAUCUUUUAGACUACACAAGGUCAGUGUUGGAUGAUAAAGUUUUGAUGGAAUAUAUGAUAUAAACACACCUUUAUGGUACUCGUAUCAAUUGGCUCGGUCCUUACAAAAUGGAUGUUAAUUGAAUGAUGCUAUGCGCUUCGAACUGCGAAAUAUUCUAUACAAAAUGCAUAUAAACUUAGCGUUGAACGAAACGUUCUAAAGGAGAACAAAUCUUUGUUUUGAAUGAGAUCUUUAGGAAAUGUCGGAAGACGAUGCGCUUUAUAUUGUAAAUCUUCUAUACAAAGUGGAAUUUUAGCCGAUAUGUAUUCGGCAUAGAUUGUUAUUGUAUUGAGAAUAAAUUGAAAAAUACGGACAAUUUUAAAGUUAUUUUAACGUUGUCGAAAACGAAAAUUGGUCGUGCGCAUAAACUAGGUAUUAUGCAUUUCUAAAUUAUAAAAUUAUUUGUAAGCGCACAUUUCUAUUGUUUUGACUAGUUGCAAUAUUGAAGUCGGUUUUUCGAUGAUGAAUACAAAAUUUUAAAAAAAAAGUGCAGUUUUUACAACAUCAUUGGGAAUAUGCUGCAGUUGUAUGGAUAACAUUCUCAUUUUAUUACGUCAUGUGACUGACGUAAGUAACAUCGAAACGAGUUCAAAAUCAAAUACUUUCGUUUCCUGAAGCCAUUACGCGCUUGACAUUUCGCUCUGCUUGGCCCGCAAUGUGUCAUUUUUGAUGGCGUCACAUGUCAAGCAAGGAUACGGAUAUAAUAUAAAUAAGUAGCACCGCUCAUCAACGAAAAUGCUAGUCUCAUUUCUCCAUAUCUGUAAUUUUACAGUGGCUGUGGGCUACGAUUAGGGUUAAUAUAGUUGUUUAUGAAUGUGAGUGAAGCGAAAGAAGUAUGCAGGAACAGCGGCAAGUGGAAAUAUGAAGUCUCUGCCUGCUCGUCCUGGAAAGAGCCGUGAUUUUAUGUACGAGUAUGUAGUUGUUAAAAAACAAAAUAAUGAUUGAAUAACGGCUGUUUUACCUUGAUGGAAAUAUAAAAACUUAUUUUCUGAAAGUACAAAUACCUACAUAAUUAUUUAUUUUGGUACGUCAAAAUACGAACUAUUGAAAAUUCGGGUACUUAAAUAUAAAAAAUAUAUUUUAUUACUGGUCGGAAACAUAUCGAACAUUAAGUAAAACAAUGUAUCAAUUAGUUUUUAUAUUUCCGAACAAGUUGCAUUAAGUAAUUAUUAUAUAAAGUAUUUAUAAAUACGUAUAAACAUUAUAAAUAUUACCGAGAAAAUGUCUUAUUGUUGAAUUCAAUUAAUAUUAAAAUCAAGUUAUGGAAGCAAAAGUACAACGUGCAAAGUAUCUAAAUAAAUGGAGAUAAUUUAUAAAAGGAAAUAUUUAUUUAUAAGGUACGACGGCAAAAGUUAGAAUUGUAAGGAAUGAUAUAAAAUUCUAAAGUCUGGCUGGUACAGAUUACUUAGUCUUUAAGGUUUCUACUCUCCAAUAAUGUAGCUGUAUUUUCGGCGUCACUCAGUACAACAAUAAGGUAGGUUUGUCUCGUGUCAAUCAAAUAGUGAACAUUGAAUUUUAGAAAUAUCCCAUGUAGUAAUGAAACCUUGAUCAUUAAGCACCGUAAGUUUUGGCUGUGCUUUUUUGAUAAAAUGUAAUAAAAACAUUUUUAAUCAGAUAAUUCACCACACCCAAUCUUAACCCACAUGAUAAGUAAAAUUAUCAAUAGAACAAUUCGUAUUUUAAUCAUCUAUUAUCCAAAUAUUUUGUAUUGUGCUUUCAUCUCAAGCUUGAAUAAGUAUUUAGAAAAUACGUGAACGCUUGGUUACUCAUUCUUAAAAGCUUUUGAAUAGAGCAAAAACAGCUCUUUUAUAUCGGAUGGUGGGUACAAUCAGGGGCAGAUAAAGCUAACCUCUUCGCCAUAUUAAGUGGUCAGUCAAGGUUAAUCUGCUCCCGAAAGUACAUACAUUUGUUGGCAGAAUGAGGGCUGGUCCCCAUAUUUACAUGGCUGUCCAUGUAAUGCCUUAUCGUUAGCGUUUCGAGACGGUUCUGAACAUUAUAUUGUUCCAAUUAUCGCGUAGAUGAUCUAGCUUUGUAGUUAAACCUAUGAACUCACUAGCGGCGAACCUAAACCUUUAUUUGGCACGUAAAGUCAACUAUUCAUUCACCUGCUUAUACAUUUUGUCAUUUGAUACCCUCAUACGUAUGUAAGAACUUCGUGCAGACGCAAGUAAGACGUCUAAGAAAGUAACUUGUUUUCUCUUUCAUCUCUGUGCCGUAUCUUCUAUCUUUGUCUUUGGCUAGCGACAAUCAAAAGACGCUUAUGACCUAAAGCUAUUUGCAUAAAUACAGCUAAAAGGAAAACGCAUUUUUGCUCAAAUUGAAAACAAAAUCCGUUCCUAACACCGCACAAUUUUUUUUAGGCUGCACUUGUAAUUAUGACAUUCAUGUGCUCACUUCAUUCUAGCUAUAUUGACUUCACAAGUCUAGGGUUGAACUAUGUUGUGAAAUUUUGCAUAUCUUUCUCUUUUUCACUUUUACGAGGCUUAGCCUGUUAGAAAUUGUGAUUUAGAUGCCUUUAGCACGGUGGCAUUUGUAGCAAUUAGUGGAUAUCAGUAGGUUGUUGGGAUGAGAUGUAGAAGCUUGAAAAAAAAAUAUUAAAAAUUGAAGUACUUUAAAUUAAUAUACAUUUAAAGUACUUAAAAGUAUAUAGGUACUAUCCCUGGGACUUAGCUCCGUGGAUAUUUCCAAAAAACAUUCUUAAACUGAUCUUUAUAGGAUGUGAAAAUGAUAUGAAUAACAUGUUUAAAAUACUAAAAAACUAACAGCUCCGCUUUGUGAAAGUUCAAACAAAGCAUAAUGCGAUAUGAUUCAAGACUGCAAGUCAUCCCAACAAGUCUAAAUUAAUUUCCAAUAUAAUUAUAUAAGACGCUGCCACUGUAGCUUUGUUAUGAAAAUCUCUAUAAUUAAGUAUUAUCUAAGUAUGUACAUAUAAAACAUUAUUUUCUACAUCUGAUAAAAUGUCUUCGCGAUCUACAACAUAAAUAACGGUAGGUACAUCAUUUCUCUUAGUUCAUCAAUUGUUCCUCGUUGUAUUUAUAAUAUCUGCAAUCGUAGCAAAACUAUUUCUGUUUCGGUUUAUUUUAUGACGCGAAACGGGACAGCGAUAGUUUUUUGCACAAACGGCGUCGGCGCCAUGCUACGGGGGCAGAAUAAUACAAACGAAAAUAUUUUAAUGUAAGUUAACAUUUGAGAAAAUAUUAUCUUUGUCAUGAAAUUAAAAUUUCUUACCCUAAAGUAUGGUAUAAAUUUACUUAGUAAGUACCUACUAAGUGAACCCUUUUUUUUUAAUAUUCAUUUUAAAUGGUUAGAAAAUGCAUCUUGCCAAUCAAGUAUGUAACAUAACUUACUUAUGAUGUAGUUUGUGAAGACUUUUGAAAGUACUAAUAAACUAUCGUAGUUACAACAUGAAUGAUUUUAAUUUUUCGAAAAGUUUUAAAAUGUAAUUUUUUUGCAUAACCGAAUUCGAAAAUGUAUCAAACACUUUUCCAUCUCAGUAAUGACAAUAUUUUAUGAAAUGUUUAAUAAAAGCACUAUUUUGUCAAAAUGUUAUUUUUUGUUAGACAUGAAAAAAAUAUUUUAGAUUACUUAUCUACAGGUGAACAUUUUACGAAACGAAAUGAUAUUAUAUAUAAGAUCACAUUUUAAUGUUCUUAAAAUAUAUAUAUGGAAAUAUUCAUAAAAAAAACCAUUGAUAUCGAAAACAAACGAGGUACAAUUAUGUUUACAUACCUCGUGUAGAUACGAGGCCUGUUCACUUAUAUUCCUUCUUAAUUAAAAUCCGGAUAUUUUGUUUUCUAAACGUUUAUGUUCUGGAUUUUUUCAUUAUGUUUAUGUCAAUUUGAUUUUAUACAGAACAUGUAAAAAAAAUUGUAAGUUGACUUUAUCUCCCGAAUACUCCGUAGAAAUCAGUAAACAAAAACUUUAAUAUUAGGGAAAAGUCUUGGGUCUUUUCUAGAGCAUUUUUUGGAACGUCAUUGUCAAUUUGUAAUCAGUUAACAUUCAGAGACUAUUAGUUCUAUAAUGAUAUAAAAUUGUUUAAGAUCGCCCGGGAAUCGGUAGUUUUCUUAAAACCUUUUUGAUUUGCACUAUGAAGGAUUAUUUGAUAUUUACUCACCUACUUAUUGUAUUUUGUUAUUAUUAUUGUUUAUCCUGAAAUAUGUUUGGACAAUUUACUGUACUUUAUUACACUUUCCUACAUUUGUUCGUUCAAAUUAAAGCUUCUGAUUUGUAUUAUAGUGUUAAAUCAUAAUGUUAACGUUUGAAACCGAUAACGACGAAGCAAUAAUGCAAACUUUGUGAUCUAUAGACAUUUGGAAGUCAAAA